UUUAUUUACCUUUUCUUGGUUCAAAGAGUAAGCUAAAGGUCUUUCGACUAUACCGCUUACGUCUUGUAGGUUGUAGUCUGUGCGAGGUUCUAUAUUACUUGACAACUAUUGUGGAAGUGGCCACGAAUUUGAUAGAUCUGUUUGAUAUUUGAAAAAUUCAAAUUGCAACUUGAUUUAUUUUUCAAUUUCCUAUAUCAGAUAAAAGUCAAAUUUCAAUUUACAGGUGUAUCGCUAAAAAUUUUGCCGUGUCGUGUCGUUUUAAUUAUUACGUGGUCUUUUUCAAGUGGUUAAUGUUAAUGGUUGAUCAUAUUAAGUUUAUAGGCUCUUGCUUGGCCUUAAAAAAUAUAUGUUUUUGAAUCUACUUUGGCCAUAAAAAUAUUUUCCUCAAAUCAAGCCAUUGUGAAGAUUAAGGCUCUAUUAGGCUCAAUUAUGUCUCUAACAAAUCGAAAGAAACCUGUUGAGAAGGAGCAAUUAAUUGAAAAUGGUGAAUUAAAUUCUAAUGAGAGAAGUAACAUAAAAGGUGAUGAAUGGAAUAUAGCAGUACUGUUAUUCUUAUAUGCUCUGCAAGGUAUACCACUUGGUUUGGCUGGUGCAGUGCCUAUGUUACUGCAAAAUCGUGGCAUCACAUAUACUCAACAAGCUGAAUUCAGUUUUGUCAAUUGGCCAUUUAGUGUCAAGUUACUAUGGGCUCCAGUUGUGGAUGCACUAUUUCUACCAAAAUUUGGAAGACGGAAAACCUGGCUAGUACCAAUACAAUACCUUAUAGGAAUAGUGAUGAUAAUAAUGUCAUUAAAUAUUACUGAAUGGCUUGGAUCAGAGGAAAAGGCUCCUACUAUGACACUAUUGACAAUGUCUUUCUUAUUUUUAAACUUCUUGGCUGCUACUCAGGAUAUAGCAGUUGAUGGUUGGGCCUUAACUAUGCUUAAACGAUGUAAUGUUGGACAUGCAUCCACUUGCAAUACAGUGGGCCAAACUGCUGGUUUCUUUCUAGGUUAUGUCCUUUUUUUAGCCCUUGAAUCUCCAUACUUUUGCAAUAAAUACAUUAGAUAUGAACCACAGGAGACUGGGCUCGUGACAUUAGCAAGUUUUUUGCUAUUUUGGGGCUGGAUAUUUAUUAUAACAACAACAUUCAUAGCUGUAUUUAAGCAUGAAAAGAAUGAAGAAGUUAAUAUGUCAAGUGAAAGCAAAGGCGUUAAGGAUAUUGUGAAUGCAUAUCAACAGUUAUAUACAAUUGUAAAGUUGCCAGCAGUGAGAACAUUAGCACUUGUUUUGUUUACAGCAAAGCUUGGUUUCUGUGCAAGUGAUGCAGUAUCAGGAUUAAAACUUGUUGAGGCUGGGGUGCCAAGAGAAGACUUGGCACUAUUAGCUGUACCUUUGGUUCCUGUGCAGAUAAUUAUGCCUGUGAUACUAGCCAAACAUACAACUGGUCCCCAACCACUUUCACUAUGGCUUCGGGCAUUCCCUCUUCGGCUCCUUGUGGGACCAAUUGCUGCAGCACUAGUGGCCAUUACCCCAAGCCUUUUGGGAAAUUCUGGGCCAUCUUACUUCUAUCUAUUUAUAUUGAUGUGUCUCUAUGUAUUUCACCAGACUUGCCUCUACUGUAUGUUUGUGGCAGUAAUGGCGUUCUUCGCAAAAGUCUCGGACCCAACAGUUGGCGGCACUUACAUGACUUUGCUCAAUACAGUGUCCAACCUUGGUACCAAUUGGCCCAAUACGUUAGCUCUAUGGGCCGUUGAUAGGUUGACAUAUAAAACAUGUACGGCUGAGAAUUUGAGUGAUAAUACUUGUUCGUCGGAGUUAGAAACUGAGUUAUGCAAGACCAGCGGUGGUGCAUGCAAUGUCCGAAUGGAUGGUUUCUAUAUAGAGACAGCGAUAUGCCUUAUUAUUGGUUUCCUUUGGCUCCAGUGGGGCCGAAGGACGAUACAGCGCUUACAACGGCUGCCUUCAAGCGCUUGGCAGAUUGGACGGCAUAGAUAAGACUGAUUAGUACAAUUCACGCAAACUAGAUGGCGCUGUAACAAAAUGUUCUCGCUGUACAAUAAUACUUGAAAAUAUAACAUGUUUUACCGUUUUAAUCAGCUGGUCAUGUGGCACUAAAUUAUAGAAUUAGUAGCAAUAGUAUUUACAAUAAUUAUCUCAACAAAAAAUGUAUAAGCAACAUGUUCAUAGAAUUUAGCAAUGUCAUCAUUGUUUAAUAUCGAUCUAGUCUUGACUUAACCCAUAAAGUUGUAAAUGUCAAUUGUCAUAUGACCUAAUAUUAGUGACAUUAAAUCGUUACUGAGUUAAAUCUUUACAUCGUUAUUAUCUCAUAACAUGCGUAGAAAGAAAAGCAGUCAUACGAUUGCGAUUUUUUACUUUUUCAUGUUGACAUUAUAAAUGUCAAAAAUCAUGUUUAAGGUAACGUCCAUUCAAGUAUUGCAUAGAUAAUUUAUAGAGUAAGAUCUAAUCUCCUAUUAGUACGAAUUUUAACCUUUAUCGUAAUUUCAUUUCAAAUUUUCCUUACUUAAAUUUACAUUAGUAAAUACAAAUUAAUUUAUAGAAUAGUUAUAAAUUCUUAUAUAUGGGUAUGUAUUUUAAGUUAGACUGUGUGUAUCCAUGGUAAAUUGAAUCGGUUGUGUUGUAUUUAUUUGGAAAUAAGUUUAGAAAAUCAUUCCAUUAGCAUAAUACAUUAUAUCUUGGAUCUUAAAGGCUUCUAUCACGAAAACUAUGAAUAGUUCCAUUCCUAUUAAAGAAAAUUGCAAAAUUAAGGAGGGUACUUGGAUGAUGUACCCGCUAACAUACAAAGUAAACCAUAAAUUAUUUUUACCACUGUUUUACCUUUUAUCCUAACUGGCUUUGACGUCAUUGUUGCAAAUGUAUAUUUCUGUUUAUAUUAAACGGAAAAAGCUCAGUCUCCAUCUAUGUUACCUAUCAACUCUAUCUAUUCAUAUUGUACGACAAUUACUAAAUCUAUUAAAUAGAUUUUUCUACGACAACUUCUAGCUAAUUUAUUCAUAUAGAAUUGUGUAAGUAUUAAGUUGUAUAUAUACUGUAUGUGUAAUAUAUGCAUAUGUAUAACUCCAAAUAAAGUACAUAAUGAAUUGA